AUGUCCAAUACUAUGCCUUUGGAAUCACCCACUCUCGGCACUGAUUCAACCUCUCGACAUGACGUACAACAUAUUGCAGGCGCAAAAUCAAAUAUUUAUCUUCCUCCAUCUACACCAUCAGCUUCUGCUACUUCUUCCCUUUAUCUAUUGGAUACGCGAUCAACAACCAGUACGGAUAUGUUAGGUGGAGGAGGUACAAUGGUUGGGAGAAAAAGAAUGAGAGAUACUUUACCAUAUGAAUAUGGAUAUGAAAGAGGAAAUCAAUUUGAUGAUGGAGAUUCUAAUUUAAUUCCUCCGGGAAGUCCUAUGCCAUUUGUUAAUACGAAAUAUCGAUUGGCGGGAGGAUUGGAUACUCCACAGGCCGAUUUACAAAAUAGGGAAAUGGGAAUGGGUAGAGAAAGUGAUUUUGGUGAUAUUAAAUAUCGAAGGGAGUUGAGUGAUGUGAAGGAAAAUUUUGAGAUGGAAGGAGAAGGUCAAUUAUAUCGGGAUGAAAAUGGUAGACCGAGGAUUAGGGGUCAACCAAAGGAAGAUGAGAAACGUGGUUGGAUUAAACCGAUGGUUAAUGUUGUAGGUGGUGUGGUUGGAAAGAUGUGGGAGUUUUGUAAAAUGGGUGUUGCUUUUAAAGGAUUUCAAGCUGGUGGAGGGAAUGGUUAUGUUUUUGGAUCAUCAACUCCCAUUCCACAGACAACGAUGGAUGAACCGAGAGAUAAUAUGUGGGAGGAUGAAAAAUCUCCGAGUACACCUGUACCGGGUGGACUUCCUAUGGGCGGGAUGGUUGAGAAUUAUAUGGAUCAACAUUAUGUUGAACCACAAGAAGAGACUACACCACCGAGACCAGCAAAGAGACGACAAACUAGUUUUACCACUCAAACAGGUCCGGAUGAUAUGUCGAGAAAUUGGGUUGUGGUUCCUCCAUCAGAAUCACCUCAACCGGAAUUUUCAUCCAUUCAACAAUAUCCAAAACUUCCUCCUGUACCAGCAGAUGCAUUUGCGAUUCCACAAUCUCAAGCUACUAGACCUAGGUUAUCACAACAGAGAAGUGGAAUUGCUAGAUAUAGCAUGUCUGCAUCUACGAAUUCAGGUAGAAGACAUUUAGUCUCUUCUCAAUCAACAUCAAGUAACAUAAGCGCAACCCGAAGAUCCAGUUAUCAAAACAAUCCUCGAAUUCUCAAUCCUUCACCCACAUUAUCGAGUUUCGGCAAUACAAAUUACUCAACUCCAUCUCGACCAAGUCCUUCUCAUAUUCAUCGCACAGCUUCACCUGCCAGCUCACGUAUUCCUCGCUGGACACCUAAUAGUCCUAAAACAGGACCGACGAUGAUGAAUGAGAGUCCAGCGGCUAGAGAAGCGAAAGCCUGGAAGGCGAAACAGUUAAAGGAGGAGAGGGAACAAGAUGAGAUGAUGAGGAAGUUUGAUAGACAGAUGAAGGAUUUGAUUAGGCAGGGUACUAUGGCUUUGAAUACGACAGUGGCGGAUAUGGAUAUUGAUGGGGUAGAUGGGGAUGGGGAUGGGGAUGUGGAUGUUUUUUUGGGGGGGAGUUAG